AUGCGGGCCUUUGUUGGGUCCAGCCCUACAGUCGCCCUUUGUACAAGCCUACAGGAGAACGAGAAGGGGACGAAUGGCCUCGAUAAGCUCGUCCUUAGGGGGCCUCUAUCGAGUUCUGCUGAGAUCUAUCUACAUGGUGGUCAUAUUACGUCUUGGAAAAACAACUAUAGGGAGGAGUUACUCUUUGUCAGCAAUAAGGCUAUUUUCAAGCCUCCGAAAGCAAUACGUGGGGGCAUCUCAAUAUGCUUUCCUCGAUUCGGGACACAUGGAUUUCUUGAACAACAUGGUUUUGCAGCGAACCGUACAUGGAGCAUUGACACAGAUCCUCCAUCUCUUCCAUCAGACAGCUCCAGUACAACUUUUGUUGAUCUGAUUCUUAAGCCGUCUGAAGGAGAUCUCAAAUUUUGGCCUCACAGUUUUGAAUUACGUCUAAGGAUUACUUUGACGCUGAAAGGAGAUUUGAAAGUUAUUUCACGCAUUAGAAAUACCAACGCAAAUGGGAAGCUGUUCUCAUUUACAUUAGCGUACUACAGUUAUUUUUUGGUUUCUGAUAUCAGUGAAGUACGGGUUGAAGGAUUGGAGACAAUGGAUUACCUUGACAACCUGAAGGGAAAUGAACGUUUCACAGAACAAGGAGAUGCUCUUACUUUCGAAUCUGAGGUGGACAGAAUUUAUCUGAGUACACAAAACAGGAUUGCGAUAAUUGAUCAUCAGAAGAGAAGGACGAUAGUCUUGCAUAAAGAGGGGCUCCCAGAUGCUGUGGUAUGGAAUCCUUGGGAUAAGAAGGCGAAAGCCAUUACAGAUUUUGGACGUGAUGAGUACAAGCGCAUGAUAUGCAUAGAGGGUGCCGCUGUCGAGAAGCCUAUCACUCUGAAGCCUGGUGAAGAAUGGAAAGGAAGUCAGGAAUUUUUUUCUGUUCGUUCCAGUUACAAUAGUGGGGAGUUGGAUCCUCAAAAGGUUCAUAGCUAAAGAUAAUCUACACACAAGGUGCACAUACUGUACAGGGCAUAUAACAACAUCUACUAAUUGAUGCUUUUGUUAGCAAGUAUUCCUGCUCUUGGUUCUCUCUCUCUCGCGCGCGCACGCGCACACACACACUCUCUCUCCCCCUUCAUUUUCCUUCUCUUUCCCGUGAAUUCAUUUCUUGUAUUCUUUUCUUCUAGAAAGUCGAAGAGAUUCCAGCAACAUAAUUUUUUGCAGAAUAACAGUGCUCUAUGUUGAUGUAUAGAUGGUUUGUGGAACAUGGUGAAAAUGAGAACUGAUUAAGGAAUGCGAAAUUGAAAUUCCCUGUGUUUUUCGAUGAAGAAUGUGAACUCAUGGGGGGUGCAUUCUCUGUGAGGGCCUGAUGAGCUAUUUGAAAGCUAUACUCCUGUCGUGUGGAUUUUUUAUGCUUCAUGCUAAUAAAUUGAUUUGAUAUA